GUAGCCCUAAAAACGCAUUUCCGUUUUCUUGGCUCUAGUCUUCCAUUCUCUCUCACUCCUUCUCUCUUUCUUUCCCGCAUUUUUGAACACGCAUUUCUUGUUGCGAAAAAAAAAAAAUGUCUAGCGUCUCUUUCUUGCAGCGUCUCUCUGGCGCUUUCCGUGAAAACCAGUCGCGUUUUAAGCUUGUGCUGAUUUGCACCGCCGUAAGUGGUGGUGGUCUCUUGGCUUAUGGUGAGAGUGUUGCACCUGAGGAGAUAAUUACCGAGAAGAAAAAAGUGGUGGUUCUGGGAACUGGCUGGGCAGCCACAAGUUUCUUGAAGAAUCUGAACAAUCCUAAAUACGAGGUUCAAGUAGUUUCCCCGCGGAACUACUUUGCUUUCACUCCUUUGCUGCCUAGCGUUACCUGCGGCACCGUUGAAGCACGCAGCAUUGUUGAACCCAUCCGCAAUAUUUUUAAGAAGAAAAAGGUGGAUGUACAAUUCAGUGAAGCCGAAUGUUUCAAGAUUGAUGCAGAAAAUAAGAAAAUUUACUGUCGAUCAAGUUUGAACAAUAAUUUGAAUGGAAAAGAAGAAUUCGUGGUGGAUUAUGACUACUUGAUAAUCGGCGUGGGCGCUAAUGUAAACACAUUCAAUACUCCAGGAGUUAUGGAGAAUUGCCAUUUUUUGAAGGAAGUUGAAGAUGCUCAAAAGAUUAGAAGAACAGUUAUUGACUGCUUCGAGAGAGCAAAUUUGCCCGAUGUAAGUGAAGAUGAGAAGAAGAGAAUUCUGCAUUUUGCUAUUGUUGGAGGUGGACCAACUGGAGUGGAGUUUGCAGCCUCACUUCAUGAUUUUGUCAAUGAGGAUUUGGUCCGUUUAUAUCCCGGGAUAAAAGAUUUGGUUAAAAUUACUCUUCUGGAGGCGGCAGAUCAUAUUUUGGGCAUGUUUGACAAGAGAAUCACUGCUUUUGCUGAAGACAAGUUUCGAAGAGAUGGGAUUGAUGUGAAAACAGGAUCCAUGGUUGUUAAGGUAUCUGAGAAAGAAAUUUCCACCAAAGAACUGAAAAGUGGAGGAGAGAUUAAAACAAUACCGUAUGGAAUGGCUGUCUGGUCAACUGGUAUCGGUACUCGUCCAUUUAUUAAAGAUUUUAUGACUCAAAUCGGCCAGGCUAGUAGGCGUGCUCUAGCUACCGACGAAUGGUUGAGAGUUGAAGGGUGCAACAAUGUCUAUGCGCUCGGUGAUUGUGCUACGAUAAACCAGCGAAAAGUCAUGGAUGAUAUUACGGCGAUCUUUAAGAAGGCUGACAAAGACAAUUCAGGAACACUGACGGUUAAAGAAUUUCAAGAGGCCAUGAAAGACAUCAGUGAAAGAUACCCUCAGGUUGAGCUAUAUCUGAAGAAUAAACAGAUGCGCAACAUUGCUGAUUUAUUGAAGGAUGUCAAGGGGGAUGAUAAAAAGGAAUCAAUUGAAUUGAAUAUCGAAGAACUUACAACAGCACUUUCCAAAGUGGAUUCUCAAAUGAAAUUUCUUCCUGCUACAGCCCAGGUUGCAUCUCAGCAAGGCACUUACCUAGCCACAUGUUUUGACCGCAUGGAAGAAUGUGAAAAAAGUCCAGAAGGUCCUCUCAGGUUCAGGGGAGAAGGUCGCCAUCGGUUCAAACCCUUUAGGUACAAGCAUUUGGGUCAAUUCGCUCCUUUGGGAGGAGAGAAGACAGCAGCCCAGCUUCCUGGAGAUUGGGUUUCAAUUGGUCAUAGCAGUCAAUGGCUGUGGUAUUCUGUCUAUGCAAGCAAGCAAGUAAGCUGGCGCACAAAAGCAUUGGUAGUUUCAGACUGGACAAGACGUUUUAUUUUUGGAAGGGACUCAAGUAGCAUAUGAGGGAACUCAUUACUUUCAGAGUCUUGCAUUGGCAACGUGGCGGAGCUCGUUGAUCAUGAAUUUCAUUUACUGAAAUUUGUUUUCAAUUCCAUUAAUUCUUUGAGUAAGUAAGAAGAUUCACUCACUGCUGAACUCGAACAGCUCAGAUACGCUCACCAUUUGGAAACUCAAGGUUGAAUACUCCCCUGUUUUUGGUAUCAUAGUCGUUGCAUUAGUUGGUUUCCGAAUUUUGCUGAUGAAGUUUCUAUUGAGAGAUCUUAGGUGCUGUUCUUUCCAUACUCAAUCUUUCCAGUUUUCAUAAUUAACAUUGUUCUUUUUCCAUUUGUCCAAUUUGGUAGCGAAUUGCUGGCAACUUGGUUGAAAUUUUGGUACUUGAAAAAUUAUGUAAGUGUGAUUUUUAUUACA